CUUGUUCAACACAGGCUGGUUUGAUGUGAUUCAGGAGACGUUAGAACAGUAUUUUUCAGCACCUGACCUGUGCAAGAUGAGUUUCGUUAUCUAUCUACUCGUGAUCAUGCACGGCGUGUAUGUCAAUGCUGCACAAGGAUCAAGUUGCCACUACAAGAAUGGAUGCAGUCCUCAACCUGACGUGUGUUCAGUGUCACCUCCUGUUUGUGUGACAGACUGGUCUGGACAGUACUGUCAAAUGCACAACAUCGCACGUGGUAAACCUGCCAGUCAGAGCAGCACGUGGCCAGACACUACUGUUACAUAUGAUGCCAGUAAAGCUGUUGAUGGGGAUGUCAGCACACACUUUGAUCUUCGGAGUUGUUCACACACAAACGAACCUAAUAGUGGGAAUGCAAGCUGGCACGUUCCUCUUGGUGGAACGUUCCUAAUCAGCCGGAUAACAAUCUAUCUCCGUGAUGACAACAUUGACCACAAUGAAGCAGUGGAAAUACUGGUCAGUGGUAAUACAUGCAGAAAGUUACCCGUGGCAGACAUCAGAAAUUCUACAAGUCAUCUGAUAACCAACCCGGUGACACUCAGCUGUACGGAACCUACAGAGGGCGACAAUGUCACAAUUGUAAUGGCAGGACCGUAUUUAGCACUUUGUGAGGUGCAGGUGUUUGGUAAAGAGAAAGAAUCAUGUCACUGCUCUAAUGGCUGCUUGAAUUUCCCGAAUACGUCAUGUUCAAAACCUCCAUCGGGGCCAGUUUGUAAAUCACCAUGGUACGGAAGCUUUUGCCAAAUGGAAAAUAUUGCGUUUCAAAAGAAUGCAACACAAAGUAGUACUUAUCCCAGUGGUGGCCCCUAUUGUGCUGCAUAUGCAGUAGAUGGGAACACGGACAGUAGAUGGGACCACAAGAGUUGUUCUCACACGAAUGAAGCAGUUGGUGGGACUGCAAGCUGGCAGGUUCUCCUUGAUGAUCACCAGGUGUUUAAUAUCAGCAGGAUCAGAAUCUACCUGCGCAAUGACAUCUGGGAACACAACAAGGACAUGCAGGUACUUGUGGAUGGCAGCCCGUGUGAUGCUGUGAAUGGAACAACACUUGACAACACACUUGGAUCUGUCACAAACCCCUUUAACGUCACAUGCACACACGUCAUUAGAGGGAACAAUGUUACCAUUACUAUGAGCGGACAAUUUCUGACAUUGUGCGAGGUUCAAGUUUUUGUUUGCAGCGAUGGAUGGUUUGGCUCUGACUGUGACAAGCAGUGUCAGUGUCAGGAUACAACUGAAGUAUGUGACAAGGAGACUGGCAACUGUAGGAGUGGAUGUACAGCUGGGAAACAAGGACCAGGGUGUCAGAAAAGCUGCGAAAGGGAACGAUAUGGUGUUAAUUGUUCCCAACUGUGUGGAUCUUGCAAAGAUGGCAUAUCGUGCAAUAAAACUAAUGGUUCCUGUGCACUGGGUUGUAUGGAUAAUUUUGAACGACCUUAUUGCAAAAAAUGCGUACAGGAGCGAUAUGGUAACAACUGCAGGUCCCUUUGUGGUCACUGUAAAGAUGGACAUGCAUGUAACCAAAACACAGGGCAUUGUGAAGACGGAUGUAUACCGGGAUAUGAAAAACCACGAUGCACUGACGAAUGCCUCAACAAGACAUAUGGCCCAGACUGCAGCUUGGCCUGUGGUAGAUGCCUGAACGGGACAUGCAAUAGUACUGACGGGGCGUGUAUACAUGGAUGUGAGCCGGGAUUUGUGGGCGAUCGAUGCGUGCCAGCGACGGGCAACAAACAAGAAUCACAAUCUGUGACUGGAGCUGCUGUAGGUGCUGUAAUCGGAGUGCUUUCAGUUGCCGCCCUCGUCGCUGUGUUGGUUUACAUACGACGAAGAAGGAGUUUACAGAAACCUAACAAGGAACAACAACUGGAGGAGGAUACAAUUAAGAGUUCCUUCAGUGCAGCGUCCAGCGAAAGAACAGCAUCUACAUCCAUGCAGUCCACAAAGCUUGUUCAGCCACCAAAGAAACCCAAACCUCCCGGCGACAACGUGUAUGAGAACUCGGACCCCUACUAUAACGUCGUCCCAGCCCCUGUUCCCCUGGAGAGACUCAUGCAGUAUGUCAGGGAGAGACUGGCAAGCGACGGAUUCGAGCACGAAUACAAGCUACUACACCAUGGACUGAAUGCAGAGCACACGGAGGGGAAGAAACCUGAAAAUAAGAAGAGAAACAGAUUUCUGGCUCUGUUUCCCUAUGAUGCCAGUCGAGUUGUCCUGUCCCCUGAUGGUGACGCUACGUGUGACUACAUCCACGCCAGCUAUCUACAGGGCUUUCAUGAAAGCAGCAAGUUCAUAGCUGCUCAAGGACCAAAUAACGUAACUGUGGAUGACUUCUGGAGAAUGAUAUGGCAAGAGAAUGUGUCACAGAUUGUCAUGCUGACCAGGGUAAUGGAACUCAACAGGAAAAAGUGUGAACUGUACUGGCCAGAUGGCAUGAAGGACAAGAAAUGUGGAAACAUCCUAAUCAAGCCACUCCUGUCAACAGUCAGGGCGGAUUUUACCACCAGGAAGUUCCUGGUUCAGCAUUCCAAUAAGCCCUCUGUCAAGAGGACAGUGACCCAGCUUCACUUCACGUCCUGGCCUGACCACGAUGUUCCUUCAGCGCCGGCUCUGGUCGGCUUCUGGAAGCAGUGCAGGAGUCUGACGUCAUCAGAGGAGGACAUCACCGGACCUGUUGUAGUUCACUGCAGCGCUGGAGUCGGUAGGACGGGAACAUUCAUUGCUCUGGACAACCUUUUUGAUGAAGCAGAAUCUCUGAACAAAGUGAACGUGUUCUCGUGUGUGUCCAAGAUGAGAGAGGCGAGGAUGAACAUGGUGCAGACUGUGGAGCAGUACCGUUUUGUCCACGAGUCUGUCAUGGAAGCCAUAGAGAGUAGGGGCACGCUCUACACUUUGUCCGACUUUGAGAAGAUGUUUGGUACCGAGCUGAAAUAUACCAGACGACAGGAAAUGGAGAUGAACAAACAAUUUCAGUCUCUUGAAUCCAUGAAGAUGGAGAUCCCAGAGAAGUUGGCAUCUGAUGCUUAUCUGCCAGAUAAUAUCAGCAAAAACAGAAACAAGGAUAUUGUACCAGUGAACAGGGGCCGGCCUUUUUUGUCAACUCCUGUCGCAGAUCACAAUAAUUACAUCAACGCUGUCAUACUACCAUCUUCAACACAGCCCCUGGGUCUGAUAGCAACUCAGACACCGCUGGCACAGACUGUUGUAGACUUCUGGAGGUUGGUAUAUGACCAUGACUGUUUCACCAUCGUGUGUCUUCAGGAUAUGGAGGACAAUCAGGCCUUAUAUCCAAGACAGAAUGAGACGUUGAACAUAGGACCGUUCCGCAUCACCACACUGCAGGUGGACGCAUCCCGAGACAGUUUUACUGAGAUGCAGCUUAACUUGGCUCUCCGGGAACAGGAUAACACACAUCAACAGAUCCGCGUGUUUAAUCUGAGAUCACAGAUUCCUGGACCUCCUGAACCAAUCCUAGACUUUGUGAAUGAAGUUGGAACACAAGGCUGUUCUGAAGAACACAAGACACUUGUACAUUGCCCUGACGGUGCCCGACUGUGUGGAGUGUUCUGCAGCGCCCUCAACAUCAUCACCAGACUCCGACUUGACAAGGAAGCAGACAUCUACCUGACCAUCCGGGAACUUCAGUGUAUCAGACCUCAGUUCAUCGAGUCCUAUAACCAGUACAAGUUAUGUUACGACUUAGUGAAGGCGUACCUACGCGAUACCAGUACGUACGCCAACAUGUAACGCGGGGUACCAGUGUCUACGCCAACAUAUGACUGGGGAUUCCAGUAUCUACGCCAACACGUGUUAACAGUGUCACAGCAUGGAAAGAUAGGUUUCCGAAAACCUUCCGGAAGCCUUGAGAUGCUUUUACCUAGAAGGCCUAUGGUCCAAAUAAUGUAAACUCUUCCCUUCCUUCUACUCACUGUAUCUUGUCCUCCACUGUUUAUCUCAAUAUAUAAGUAAGUGAUUUUCUAUGUCAGAUUAUUCCACGAUAACAUCACAUUGAGUUGAGCUCUAACUGACUGUAUCUUGUACCUUGUACUCAUCUGUUUAUCUCAAUAUAUAAGUAAGUAAUUUUCUAUGUCAGAUUAUUCCACGAUAACAUCACAUUGAGUUGAGCUCUAACUGACUGUAUCUUGUACCUUGUCCUCCACUGUUUAUCUCAAUAUAUAAGUAAGUGAUUUUCUAUGUCAGAUUAUUCCACGAUAACAUCACAUUGAGUUGAGCUCUAACUGACUGUAUCUUGUACCUUGUCCUCCACUGUUUAUCUCAAUAUAUAAGUAAGUAAUUUUCUAUGUCAGAUUAUUCCACGAUAACAUCACAUUGAGUUGAGCUCUAACUGACUGUAUCUUGUACCUUGUCCUCCACUGUUUAUCUCAAUAUAUAAGUAAGUAAUUUUCUAUGUCAGAUUAUUCCACGAUAACAUCACAUUGAGUUGAGCUCUAACUGACUGUAUCUUGUACCUUGUCCUCCACUGUUUAUCUCAAUAUAUAAGUAAGUGAUUUUCUAUGUCAGAUUAUUCCACGAUAACAUCACAUUGAGUUGAGCUCUGACUGACUGAAUCUUGUACCUUGUACUCCACUGUUUAUCUCAAUAUAUAAGUAAGUAAUUUUCUAUGUCAGAUUAUUCCACGAUAACAUCACAUUGAGUUGAGCUCUGACUGACUGAAUCUUGUACCUUGUACUCCACUGUUUAUCUCAAUAUAUAAGUAAGUAAUUUUCUAUGUCAGAUUAUUCCACGAUAACAUCACAUUGAGUUGAGCUCUGACUGACUGAAUCUUGUACCUUGUACUCCACUGUUUAUCUCAAUAUAUAAGUAAGUAAUUUUCUAUGUCAGAUUAUUCCACGAUAACAUCACAUUGAGUUGAGCUCUGACUGACUGAAUCUUGUACCUUGUACUCCACUGUUUAUCUCAAUAUAUAAGUAAGUAAUUUUCUAUGUCAGAUUAUUCCACGAUAACAUCACAUUGAGUUGAGCUCUGACUGACUGUAUCUUGUACCUUGUACUCAUCUGUUUAUCUCAAUAUAUAAGUAAGUAAUUUUCUAUGUCAGAUUAUUCCACGAUAACAUCACAUUGAGUUGAGCUCUGACUGACUGAAUCUUGUACCUUGUACUCCACUGUUUAUCUCAAUAUAUAAGUAAGUAAUUUUCUAUGUCAGAUUAUUCCACGAUAACAUCACAUUGAGUUGAGCUCUGACUGACUGUAUCUUGUACCUUGUACUCAUCUGUUUAUCUCAAUAUAUAAGUAAGUAAUUUUCUAUGUCAGAUUAUUCCACGAUAACAUCACAUUGAGUUGAGCUCUAACUGACUGUAUCUUGUACCUUGUACUCAUCUGUUUAUCUCAAUAUAUAAGUAAGUAAUUUUCUAUGUCAGAUUAUUCCACGAUAACAUCACAUUGAGUUGAGCUCUGACUGACUGAAUCUUGUACCUUGUACUCCACUGUUUAUCUCAAUAUAUAAGUAAGUAAUUUUCUAUGUCAGAUUAUUCCACGAUAACAUCACAUUGAGUUGAGCUCUGACUGACUGUAUCUUGUACCUUGUACUCAUCUGUUUAUCUCAAUAUAUAAGUAAGUAAUUUUCUAUGUCAGAUUAUUCCACGAUAACAUCACAUUGAGUUGAGCUCUAACUGACUGUAUCUUGUACCUUGUACUCAUCUGUUUAUCUCAAUAUAUAAGUAAGUAAUUUUCUAUGUCAGAUUAUUCCACGAUAACAUCACAUUGAGUUGAGCUCUAACUGACUGUAUCUUGUACCUUGUACUCCACUGUUUAUCUCAAUAUAUAAGUAAGUAAUUUUCUAUGUCAGAUUAUUCCACGAUAACAUCACAUUGAGUUGAGCUCUGACUGACUGAAUCUUGUACCUUGUACUCCACUGUUUAUCUCAAUAUAUAAGUAAGUAAUUUUCUAUGUCAGAUUAUUCCACGAUAACAUCACAUUGAGUUGAGCUCUGACUGACUGUAUCUUGUACCUUGUACUCAUCUGUUUAUCUCAAUAUAUAAGUAAGUAAUUUUCUAUGUCAGAUUAUUCCACGAUAACAUCACAUUGAGUUGAGCUCUGACUGACUGAAUCUUGUACCUCGUACUCCACUGUUUAUCUCAAUAUAUAAGUAAGAAAUUUUCUAUGUCAGAUUAUUCCACGAUAACAUCACAUUGAGUUGAGCUCUAACUGACUGUAUCUUGUACCUUGUACUCCAUGGUUUAUCUCAAUAUAUAAGUAAGUAAUUUUCUAUGUCAGAUUAUUCCACGAUAACAUCACAUUGAGUUGAGCUCUAACUGACUGUAUCUUGUACCUUGUACUCAUCUGUUUAUCUCAAUAUAUAAGUAAGUACUUUUCUAUGUCAGAUUAUUCCACGAUAACAUCACAUUGAGUUAAGCUCUAACCACUAGUCUCCCCUACCGCAAAAAGAGAAAGCUCCUGUUCCUGUUCUGGGAAGUUUCAUUUAUUUAGUGCGGGCAUUUUAAUACCAUAUACACAUAUGAAUCAUUUUGUCGAUCAAAUCUCCUUAAUAAAGUUUAAUAGUCAUACAUGUUCUGAGUAAAAACGCAUACACGUUCUGUCCAGGCGAGAUUCUAUGACAAAUUAGGCAACACCCAUAAAUAUCAUUAAGAUCUACUGAAUAAUAACUGUUCAUUUCAGAGGUUAUACUGUUUACGUGAUGGUGACAUGGAAUCGGAAACUGAUUUGUGAUGUCACCCAUCACUGAUAUAAUACAUAACGUACACACGCAUAAGCAUGCACACUCGCAAAGUAUUCCAUAGGAAACAAUUUUCUAAAAUAAUAUGCUUGAAAUACAUUGUAUAUAUCCCCGCCUAAUGUGAUGAAAUGAUUCACAGAUCCCGCUGGCCUGUCGCUUUUUGUUGCCAAUACUCCCUUGAAAUAUGUAACAUGAAAUAACCAAAAUUUUGACGACUAUGUUCAUUUUUAUUUUUAACUCCUGCCUACGGGUAUUUCAUGAAAAAAAAAAUUGAUCUGGUCGAAAUUUAGCAAAUAACAUAGAUUAUACAGCCGAAUAUCUACGACGGUGGCUGAAAACUGUCUAAGCACGGAUGCAUAGUUUGCAUGUCUUAAGUACAAUACAUUCCAUGCGUACAGGCUGCAUAACCUAAUACACAACGAGGCAGCAUAGUUCUGCAAGUAUGAAAGGGACUAAGUGACUGUUAAUGAAAUGGACGAAAAUAAGCUACCGUGCUUUCACCAUGUAUCUUCAACUGAAAGGGCUAACUCCAACAGCCAUCCACGCAAACAUGUUGUCAAUAGAUGAUAAUACUCCAGUUCUCACUGAAGUGGGCAGCGGAGUUCAAGAGGGGAAGAGAGAGAGCUUCGAAUGUGAUCAAAGAUCAAGAAGACCUUCAACUGCCACCACUGAGAAAAGAUGGGGUAAAAUACAUGAUAUGAUUGUGGAUGGGCGACGUCACACUACAGGUCACACAGCCAACACUUUUUAUCGUUUUAUCUUUUAUGAGAGAGUUUAGAACAUUCUGAAAAAUGAUUUGGAAAUAACAACAGUUUCAGCAUGCUAGGUUUCAGGACUCCUGACUCCUGCUCAGAAACGGUCCAUGUUCAUCAUUUCUCUUGAAAAUGUACGUAGCUGAUUUUUUUGAGUACUUAGCAGCCAUGGCUGAAUCUAGGAUUCACCACUGUCAGACAGAGACUAAACAACAAUCAAAGCGGUUGAAGCAUUUAACGUCUCAUCCGAAGAAGCAAAGUCUGUUCAACUAGCUGGAAAGGCGAUGGCUUCGGUUUUCCGGGAUUUUAAAGGAAUCUUACUGGUUGACAACCUCCCGAAAAGUCAGACCAUUAAUAGACAAUAUGACCACUAAACUGCUCAAGGCUAAACGUUGUGGAAGGGGUGUUGUUUCUCCGGGACAUAAACCUGUGCACAAGUCUAUUAUCGCCAUGGCUGUAAUGUAUGACUCUGGAUUUGAAUUCACUGAAAAUCCUCCCUAUUCACCAGGUUUGGCACCAUAAGAUUUCCAGCUGUUCCAAAACUUGACGAAGGAAAUGUCUGACAAGCAUUUCAUGCACACGAAGAUGACGUCGGUUCUGAUGCGGAGAAAGUUUUACACUGCCAGGGCCUUCUACACACGUCGGAUUCAAGCACUCCAGCAUCUUUGGAGAUAUUGUGUGAACCUCGGAGGGGAUUAUAUUGAAAAGUAGCAGCCAGCUCAAUCAACGCAGUCCAUCGUAGUUAGACUCAGAACGUUCCACCCACCUCUCGUAAAUAGAAUAAUGGUAUGAGAAUGUGGUCGAAUGGGAUGCUAAGUCAAUAACUGUAAGACUAUUCUAUUUUUGAUAUUGAUGUGUGUAUUUUUGUUAAGGAUCGCCCUCAGUCAUAUACCAGAUUUAUGUAGGUGGCCUGAAAAUAUUCGAGCUUGGACCAGAAAAAUAAUAAUAACAAAGAUUGUAUUGCCUUUGUGAGUAAACAUUGAAAGCCAAUGACGGAAGUUUUUAAACAAUUUUAGUAUAAAUUGGUUUUAAAAAUGUGUUUAUCUUAGGAUGACUGUCAUAUCUCUAUCAGUGUACUUACAGAGGGAAUUUAUUAUUCCUGAGAAACAGACAAUGACAUGGCUAUGUUCUACAAUGACCUACGCGUCACGUGACUAAUCAUGACCCAUACUUUUUUCAAAGCAGACCCCCAUGCUGGACAAGGUCUGUACCAAGUUAAAUGAUAAAUGCAAUGACACUUUUGAGAAAGGGUAACCUCAAAAUGCUGUGAAUUGCAACUAUCUCUCUUAUUUCCAAGGGUGAUAUGGAAGAAAUUCAUAGAAGAACAAGAAAAGUUUGGUCAACACGCCGGUAAAAUUUAAAUUUACAAUACGAUCAUUUUCCCAAAAUGUUAUAUCAACACAGGCCUGUUUAAAAUGAUAUGAACAAUAUUGGUAUCUUUCAGAAACUGUCACAAACAGAUGGAAUAAGAGCUAAUGACACCGAUCGUUCUGAUCCCUUAAUACCACAGCAGUGUGUCAAUGUCUGGGUUGUUUACACGGCCUCUGACUGUAUGAAUCUCCACGAAUUAUUACACAGAGGUGUGACUGUAUCUAGGUGGUUGACACCGACACUGACUAUGUGAAUCUGAAUGAAUUGUGCCCUUGCUGUGUGACAAUGUCAGGGUGGUUUACACCGACAUUGACAUUAUGAAUCUGAAUGAAUUAUGUCCAAGCAUAAUGUCAAAACAGUGUUAUUAUAUAUAUGUGGUGUUCAUCGACACUGAAUGUGUGAAUCUCCUUGAAUUAUGCCAGUUACUUAUCUCAAUUUGUGUUUCUGGUAAACGUAGUUAAACUGGGUUUAUGAGGCAUCUGCAGAUAGUCCCGAAUAUUCUCAGAAAAAUUGCCUCUGAAUUUCUUAAAUAAUCUUCAAAUAUGUUGGUUAUUUUCACAUAUUUGUAGGUGUUUCACACUAAAUUGUAGUUAAAAUGGAUAGAAUUAUCACAAAAACGCCAACAUGUUCUGCGGGUCACUGUAACUUGAUAUCAGCCCGCAUUUCCCCAACGACAGGGUGCUAAUUAUUCAAUUCUUAUGUGACAUCAUAAUAAGGGCGUGUUUGUUUGUGACGCCAUCCUAUAAUUAUGUUCCAUGACGUUGAUAUUUGUAAAUCAAUGAACUCCGUCUUAAGGUUUAUGCAGCCACUAAACUUAUGCAGCUGUUUGCUGUUUUGUUCAUUUUCGGAUUAGCUACAAAUUCUAUCCACGUUAGCUAUAACAAUGGUAACGUUAUUUUUUCAGGACAUUGUCUUCUGCAUAUGAUAAUGCCCUGACAAGUAACGGUACCCCCAUGUUUACAAACAUACUGCAAGAUGUGUGUAAAUCGCUUGCCAUGUCUCGGGAGGAACAGAAACCUGUUAUUUCUGUAAGUGUGUCCAAGAAGUAUGUAAAACGCGACAUGCGACGUGCAUGCUCUCACUUGUCUUCAACAUGUAUGUAAACUACAUGGGAAUGCUUGACUACACUAUGUUCAAUACUUAUAGUUUCACAUAGUGAUAAUGUUGUACAUGUAUUUCAGAGAUUUAAUGUUUGCUUUACUUUGGGAACAGUUUAUUUAGUGCACAUUGUGUUACUUACUUGCUGUUGGUAUGCUGUUUUAGUAUUUUCUCUGACAUUUUACAAUCAUGCAUUUGUUUGUUUUAUCCUAUAUUGUAAUCACAAAAGGGAAAUGUUAAGCUAAAAAUCUCUAAUGCGUCGUCUAUGUUAUUUAUAAUUAAGAAAGGUUUAAACAGAUUUUUACAUUUGUAUAUAAAACAGAAAAGUACAUUUUGAUAACUUAUAGACAUAUUUGUAAAUGAUUUAUUUUCACUUGUUUAGAAACCAGAGAUGGAUUUGGGUUUUCACGCUGCUUACACAAAAGAAACAUGUUUUUGCUUGAUAGGGCACGAAGAGAAAGUAAUAAAGGAAGAAGUAAUGACAGCACCGACAGCCUUAUUCAUUUACAAAUGUAUACUUUUU